CAACACAUCAACACAUCUGUAAAAUUUAAAUUCGCAUGGACCAGCUUAAUUAUUUAUUUAUUUUAUCAUACAACCGUGCCAUCAUCUCCGCCAUAAAAGCGUAUGCGUACCUUUCCGCAAUUAGCUACACCUACACAAAUUAAUUCACUAGUCGAAACCUACAAACACAAACACACUUCACCUCAGUUCAAUGGCGUCAUCUACCCGGUGGUGGUGGCCGAUCCAUUUCACUUCAUCUGGAUCUGUGCCAAGGUGGCUGAGUUGGCGUCGUCCAGAGCUGAGUUUACUGUCAGUGGUGGUCGACGACGUUGUCUGGAAAGUAGUGACGGCGUUCGAGUCAGUGGCGUUGGUCUCCAUGCUCUGUUUCUUCUUCCUCUUCUGUGGCUGCACCGUCUGAGUUUUGAUUUCUUUUUUUUUUUACAUUAACAUUUUUAUUUUGUGAACGGUGUUAAAACUUUAAUCACCGGAAAGUUUUGAGUCACUCACCGUGUUGUUCUAGUGAGUGAGUGACGACGCAACGCAAUGGCGGAGAAAUUUAUGUUAUUACUGUUUUUUAAACAGAGGCGCGUGAUGCUCACUCGAGAGUUGUUGUGAUCAUUUGUGUUUAGUUUUGGUUUCUUCAAAGUUAAAACAAUGAUUGUGUGUUAUGUUUGGAAAUUUAGGUUCCAAAGAUCUUUGUUUUGUUCAUCAACCAUUCAAUAUCAAACGAUCUAUGGUUUUUAUCAAUU